AUGGAAGCGAAGAUGUUGUCAGAGCUAAAUGUAAACUUCAGCACCCCAGCCCCUGGUGGUGGAGGCGGCGGCUGCCCACCCGUCGGUAUCCAGCUGGAGGGUGUGAUCCUGCCGCCCGUCCUCACCAUCGACGUCAUACUGGGGCUGCUGGGUAACGUAGUCGCCCUGUGGAUCUUCUGCUUCAAACUGAAGAGCUGGAACCCAAACACGCUGUUCCUCUUCAACCUGGUCAUCGCGGACUUCCUCGCUCUCGUGAGUCUGCCUCUGAGGAUCGACGCCUUGCUCAGGGGCCAUUGGGUGUUUGGAGACGGCUUGUGCCGGAUCAACCUGUUCCUGAUGUUUUCCAACCGCUCAGCCAGCAUCGCUCUCAUGACCGUGGUGGCAAUUUACCGCUACUUCAAGGUGGUCCACCCCCACAACUGGUUCAACCGCUUGACCAAGCGACAGGCUGCGUUGGUGUCGGUGUUCGUCUGGCUGCUGGUGAUGAGUCCUCGGGUUCCCAUGCUGGCCUACAGCCACAUCAAGGGCAGCGGCAACAGAACCCAGUGCUUCUUCUUCACUUCCUACAAAGAGGCGUCCCGCGCCAUCAUCAUCCUGGUCGGCAUGCACCGCAUCCUGACGGUGCUGGAGUUCAUCAUCCCCAUGGCCAUGCUGCUCUUCUGCUCCAUCCGGAUCUCCAGCUUCCUGAAGGAGCGGCAGAUGGGUAAACCCGACAAGGUGCGCAAGGCGAUGCGAGUGUGUGUGGCCAUCGUCGUGGUGUUCAUGGUGUGCUUCCUGCCCACCACGGUGACGACCAUCGGGGUUUGGGCGGUCCGAUCGUACCGCCCGUGGGACUGCGCCGCCUUCUACACCUUCACCCAGCUCACCAUCGUGUCCCUGGGACUGAACUUCCUGAACUCGGCCCUGGACCCAAUCGUCUACGUCUUCUCCAGCUCCAUGUUCAGGAAGGCGCUCUGCAGCUCGCUGCCCCGCGCCCUCCGCUGUGUACCGGACGCCGCUGCUGAGGAGAACACAGCGUCCUCGUCAGGAACUCAGUCGACGAGCCAACAGGAGCUGAAAUCCAUGAGGGCGAGCAGAGGGAGCGAAGCCAUGUGAUCAGAGCUUCUCCCAGAACAUUGAUGGAUCAGCACUGGCUUCAUUUUACAUCUGCUCCAUUUGUUAAAAGCUUUGAUCACACUUCUGUACAUUUUCACCUAAGAUCACUGGUUGUAUGUGCAUGUAAAUAUACUUUAUUAGGUUUUAAAAUGUAUCACAGCAUCA